AAUCUUUGACCAAUAGGUGGCGGAAUCCAACCUGGCGCUGAUUUGGGAGUGAUCAGUCAAACCAACAUAGAAGAAGAAGAACAAGAACAAGAUGGCGGACCGAGGCUACAGUUUUUCCCUCACCACAUUUAGCCCUUCGGGUAAACUGGUUCAGAUUGAAUAUGCUCUGGCGGCUGUAGCAGCAGGAGCUCCAUCAGUGGGCAUCAAAGCAUCUAAUGGCGUUGUCCUGGCAACAGAGAAGAAACAAAAGUCAAUCCUGUACGAUGAGCAGAGUGUGCAUAAAGUGGAGCCCAUCACUAAACACAUAGGCAUGGUCUACAGCGGUAUGGGACCCGACUACAGGGUUUUGGUGCGGCGAGCCCGAAAGUUGGCUCAGCAGUACUUCCUGGUUUACCAGGAACCGAUCCCAACAGGCCAGCUGGUCCAGAGAGUGGCCUCUGUGAUGCAGGAGUACACACAGUCUGGUGGAGUGCGUCCAUUUGGUGUGUCUUUGCUCAUCGCUGGAUGGGAUGAAGACCACCCCUACCUGUUCCAGUCGGAUCCUUCUGGCGCUUAUUUCGCAUGGAAGGCAACAGCCAUGGGAAAGAACUACGUCAACGGAAAAACAUUCCUUGAAAAAAGGUAUAACAAUGACCUGGAAUUGGAAGAUGCCAUUCACACAGCCAUCCUGACACUGAAGGAGAGUUUUGAGGGUCAGAUGACGGAGGAGAACAUCGAGGUGGGAAUCUGCAAUGAGGCGGGUUUUAAAAGACUCACUCCCGCCGAGGUUAAAGACUACCUGGCAGCCAUCGCAUGAGCGCCGCCACCUCACCACAGCAACACCAGCCCAGGCGCCAACGGGUGCAUGACACAUGAGUCUGAGUUAAUCACAUGUUGAAUGUGCGGAGCCUGGAUUAUUCAGAAGCACCAGGCUGUUUCUACCAACACCCACAUAUGUACCUUUAAGUCAUGUGACUGCCACCAACACCUGCAGCCCAUCAGCGACUGAUGGCGGCGGAUUCAUGACCUCACAUUAACUUGUCCACCUGUGUCAUGUAGCCGUUGGCGUCUGUGUUCAUGUAAAGGAAUGUGGAUUCGGAGGAGUCUAAUCUCUAGUUUUCUAUUGAAUUCUUUGCUUUUGUUUGGUUUUUAAGGGGCGGUGCUCUCUGGUUCUACUCAUUUAUGUGGGCGUGUCACAGGUCAGUGCAUGUGAGGACACUCACUUCAUUUGGAGGGGAAACUGUCAGAAAUGAGAUGGUAAAUAAGGCUGAGCAGCCCUGGUACGUUCUCGUACAGACCGAGUCCACGGCACCAGGAAUGAGUGAAUCCAACUCAACACUGUCAUUUCCAUUUAAUAUUCAGACAUGACCUCAUUAACAGAGGGUUCAGUGGAAAACUGAGAUUUAGCAUCUGUUUAUCUGCUUGGCUGUACAGCGGUUUUAUGGAGUCUACUUUUUCCAAAAUAGAAAUGGAUCCAGUUUGUAUUUUCUCCUCUGUUUUCUGUCACUUAUUCAAAUAAAAGAUUUUCAGUUGUU